GCGAAAAAGUUUGCGGCAAUUGUCAGCUGUGCAGCAGCCGGACGAGGAAGGUUAUCCAAAUCACCCAAUAAGUCAUCCAAUGCAUAGGUCUACUGUUUAUUGUCUCUGAAAGAAAUAGUGUACAGGAAAAAGAAUGGGUCGUUGGGGGUGGCCGAAAAAAAGAUCCUUUGGCAGAUCUCGCUUCUCCAGAUACCAGUAUGAUCCAGAAGAAGAUUCUUUACUUAAUGACAUACUUGCAGAACGGCUUAUGAUGGACUUGAUAGAUAGACACAAUUUAUAUCCCAGCCAGCCACAUGGUAGUCAGUCAGUGAUGAUUGAUGAUGAUGAAGAUGAUGAUUUGAUGGGGCAUGAUGAUUUAGAUGAUGAAAUCUGUUUUGGACAUUUACGGGGAAAUAUUGUUGGCAUUCAAUAUUAUUCUGGAACUGUCAAUAUAAAAGAAAUGGUUGCAUUAGAGAGGGAGCCUGAGAAUCGCUACGAUAUCAAUGCCAUCAAGGUGAAAAAUGUGGGCAAUGUUCAAGUAGGCCAUAUCAAAAGGGAGCUAGCCAGACCACUGGCUUACAUUAUGGACAAAGGAUUGGCAAGGCUUGAAGGGGUUGUUCCUUUUGGUGCCACCAAUAUGUACUCCAUGCCAGUAGACAUAAGCUUGUGGGGCAAACCUGAAAACCAGAAAGAGGCCGUGGACAAGUUAAAGAAGUCUGGUUUCUAUCUGACUGGUGGGACACAGCCGGUAACCAGCCCAGGAAGUGGUAUGUCAUCAUCGUCACUUGGAGCUUCUGAAUUCUCCUUGGCGGCAAUUGAGCCUAGAAGAACAUAUCUUACUCCUGCAGAGGUGAAAAAUGAGCUGGAUAAACUGUUUGAAAACAUUGAGGAGGGAGACAAAACAAGUCUGGCUGAUCCUGCCCAGGCUAUAGCCACACCCCUGUAUCCCCACCAGAAGCAGGCAUUAAACUGGAUGGUAAAGAGAGAGAAUAACGCCACCUUGCCGCCAUUCUGGCAAGAGAAAAAUGGGAAAUACUUCAAUACAGUGCUUAAUUUUACCAGCAGCAUAAGGCCGGAUAGUGUAAGAGGAGGUAUUCUAGCAGAUGACAUGGGACUCGGUAAAACUCUAGAGAUGAUUACAUUAAUUAUAACAAACUUUGUAGACAACAAACCAUUGGCCACACCUGUUGAUGGUCUUGUUAGACAAUCCAAAUCUGAGAAAAUGGCAGGCAAAAAGUCAAAGAUGCUUCCUACUAGUAGCAGUCUUCAUUCUUCUAUGAAGAAAACACAAAUAAAGCUGGAGAAAAAGAAGUCGCUAUCUUGUUAUACAGAAAACAAGCUCCUGGUCUCGAUAGCAUCGUCUGAUAACAUUGAAACUCCGGCAUUACCAGAUCUACCGGACGACGAAGAGGUUUUGGAAAUAUCCGAUGAAGAUGAUGAUGAUGAGGAAGAUAUUGCAGAUUUGCCAGCAAUAGAUGACAGAACAAUGCUAAAGAAAGAUGAUCCUGACUUUAGUCCUAUGAUUAAAAAGAAGGAAAAGAAGACUAAAGCAAAGGAAAAUGUAACUCCUGAAGAAGCAUCUGGUAGAAGACCUAGAAGAAGUGUUAAGAGACCUGUCCGGUAUGCCUACAGUAGUGAAGAAGACGAGGCCAUUAAUGAUGAAACACCGAAGAAAAAAGCUAGAGAAGAAGUUGUCAACAAUAUUGCCGAAAGUAACUUGAGCAAAGGUAAAGGAAAAGCUCCUGCAAGUGGGAAAAAGCAUGUUAAAAAAGGCAAGCCGAAGAAGGUUCUCCUUAAUGACAAGGCAUUACCAGAGUGCAAAAAAUCUGAAGAUAUUCCUCAAGAAAAAAUAGAAGAUGACACCACACUAGUUGAAGUGAAGAAAGAGACGGAUGAUGGAGUAGCUGGCAAAUCAGAAACUGAUAUUAAAAAUGUACAAAACCAAGAAGUUGCACCUGUUGAAAUGAUGAGUGGACAGGUGUUUGACAAUUUGCAACCUGAAGCAGCAGAAGCAGUAAAAAAGAUGUCAGACAGAAUUAAAGAACUGGAAGCCCUGCUGUCUAGCCAGCAGGUACCUGGCUCACAACCUGUCGGUAAGGAGACUAAAACCGAGUGUACUCAACCAGUGAAAUUAGAGAGUUCUAACCUAAUCUCACGAACACAAGCAGAUGUUAAGAGUACUCCAUUGUCAAGCCAGGUUAAACAAGAACCUAUAGGAAAUAAUCCUACUGAUAAAACUGGAGACCAUGUCAAGAAAGAAAUGAUUGAUGAUCUCCCAGACUUGGAUGAAAACAUUGUAACAACCGAAGAAUUACCAGACAUACCAGCAGUUACGUGUUAUGGGGACUCCAGCAACAUAUUACUUUCAGGUUUUUCAUCCGACAAGGUUGUUACAUCUAACUAUACUAAAGCAGAAGUAAGAGAACUAGGGGAGAGCACUGGACGAACAUUUACAACAGGGCCAAGAUGUACAUUGAUAGUCUGCCCAUUAUCUGUUCUUAGCAACUGGCUUGACCAGUUGGAAGACCAUGUACACCGAAAUGUACAUCUGAGUAUUUAUCUGUACUAUGGCAGUGGUAGGACAAAGAACAGUCACUUACUAGAGAGCCAGGAUGUUGUGAUAACAACUUAUUCUACAGUCUCGGCAGAUUUUAAGAAGGGGGCCAGAAAUCCAUUAAAGAAGGUCAAGUGGUUGAGGAUCGUUCUUGAUGAGGGUCAUGCCAUAAAGAACCCCCUGGCCCAGCAAACAAAAGCCAUAUUAGAAUUAGAUGCUCAGAGAAAAUGGGUGCUUACAGGAACACCAAUCCAGAAUUCUAUGAAGGAUCUUUGGAGUUUGAUUAACUUCCUGAAGGUGAAUCCUUUCACUGACAAACAGUGGUGGCGGAGAACCAUUGAGAGACCUCUGGAGAAAGGAGAUGAAAGUGCUCUCAAGAGAGUUCAACAUUUGAUGGGCCAUCUGGCGUUAAGAAGAACAAAGACACAGGAAGUAAAUGGGAAACCACUGGUACAGUUACCGGAGAGAAAAGUUUUUAUUGAGCAUGUGAAGCUGUCAGAGGAAGAGAGAAAGACAUAUGAUUCCAUGCAGAACGAGGGCAGGCUGAUAGUUAGCAAGUAUUUUAAACAAGGGACAUUGUUACACCAUUACGGUGAUGUACUAGCCAUUCUAAUGAGAUUAAGACAGCUGUGUUGUCACCCAUUCCUGGUAGCCAAAGCUGCAGCAGCAGUUAAAGAUACUAUAGCUGAGAUAGAUCGUAAUGGUGGAGUGAUCAACGAGGAACUACGUAAGAAAUUGAUUGACACGUUAAUCAUGGUAUUAAGUUCGGGUACCGAUGAGGAGUGUGCCAUAUGCCUUGACUCACUUAAAACCCCGGUAAUAACACACUGUGCUCACGUGUUCUGCCGACCCUGCAUAGAAACUGUGAUCAGAAAUGAAAGGCCACACCCGAAGUGCCCUUUAUGUAGAGGUGCUAUAGAAGAUGAUAAGUUGUUGGAGGUUCCUCCAGAGAAGAUUCAAGAUGAGAAGACAGAUGAUAACUCCAUAGUUGCUGAUACCUGGAAAUCCAGUGCUAAAGUUGAUGCAUUGAUGAAUGCCUUGUUGAAGUUGAGAUCCGAGGACGGCAGUAUUAAGAGUAUAGUAGUCUCCCAGUUCACUAGUCUUCUGACAUUGCUCGAGACUCCACUGAGCACUAACGGCUUCAACUUUGUGCGCCUAGAUGGUACGAUGAGCUCCAAGGCUCGCUCUCAGGCCAUUGAAGAAUUUUCCGACCCUACUUCAGGAUCACCAACUAUAUUUCUGUUGUCACUGAAAGCAGGAGGUGUAGGUAUAAAUCUGACAGCAGCUUCCAGAGUCUUCCUGAUUGAUCCGGCCUGGAACCCUGCAUCAGAGGAACAGUGCUUUGAUAGGUGUCACAGACUGGGACAGACCAAAGACGUGAUCAUAACAAAAUUUAUUGUUGAGGAUUCAGUUGAAGAAAGGAUGAUGGAACUUCAGGAAAAGAAGCGAAAAUUAAUGCAGGGCGCCUUUGGUCAGAAACAGAGUGCUGAACAGAAGCGACAAGCCAGAAUAAAAGACAUCAAAACAUUGUUUGCCUUUUAGGGCACAUCUGACCAUAAUGUUUCACCACAUAUGACCAUAAUGUUUCACUAUAUCUGACCAUAAUGUUUCACCACAUAUGACCAUAAUGUUUCACCAUAUCUG